AGGAAAGAGGAAAGCGAGGGCCUAGGGGAUUGCAGAGAAUCCACCCCCACCACCCCCGGCGCGCCGCCCUCCGCUCCUCCUGCUCCCUCUAUUUCUUUCGCCCCCCGCGACGCCGCCUCUCUCCUUACCCCCGCCCCGCCUCGCCAUUCGCGCCCCAGAGGCUGGGAACUCCAAAGAGGAACAGGGUCUAUGGAGGGUGGAGGCGCCGGAAAUGGUUUGACUGGGACAGCGCAGACAAAGGGGAGUGGGGGUGAUGGCUCCGCCAAGCCGCUGCCCCCUUGCUGUGUCAAGGCCAGGGCCGCAGCGCCCGAGUCUGAGGCCAAGUGCCAUGCUACGGUGGUGUCGGGCUGGUUCACCGAACCUCGAUCGCGCUGCGGUAAAGCAAGCAAAGUUCAGUACUACAAUAACCCGAUGUGGCCAGGAGAGGCCCAUUCCUUGAAAGUGGAGAAGAUCUUGUACCAGGGGAAGUCACCAUACCAAGAAGUCUUAGUUUUCGAGUCGACAACCUAUGGGAAAGUCCUUGUGCUUGAUGGCAUUGUUCAGUUGACUGAUAAGGAUGAAUGUGCGUACCAGGAAAUGAUUACUCACCUCCCACUUUGUUCAAUUCCAUCCCCUAAAAAAGUUUUGGUUAUUGGUGGUGGUGAUGGAGGUGUGCUCCGAGAGAUUUCCAGACAUAGUUCUGUGGAGUCAAUUGACAUAUGUGAAAUCGAUCAGCUGGUUAUUGAUGUUUGCAAAGAUUUCUUCCCACAUUUGUCUGUUGGAUUUGAAGAUCCUCGUGUUCAACUUCAUGUUGGUGAUGCUGUGGAGUUCUUGAGAAAUGCGCCUGAAGGUACAUAUGACGCUAUCAUUGUUGAUUCGUCAGACCCAAUAGGGCCUGCUCAGGAACUUGUGGAGAAGCCUUUUUUUGAUACAAUUGCUAGAGCCUUGAGGCCUGGUGGAGUUCUUUGUAAUCAAGCUGAGAGUAUGUGGUUGCAUACACAUUUGAUUCAGGAUAUGCUUUCAAUUUGCCAUGAGACUUUCAAGGGUUCUGUGCACUAUGCAUGGACUAGUGUCCCAACAUACCCGAGUGGAGUGAUUGGAUUUUUGCUAUGUGCCAAAGAAGGUCCACCGGUCAACUUCCUGACUCCUAUAAAUCCAAUUGAAAAACUGGAAGGGGCUACAGAAGCUGGAAGGGAGAUCAGAUUUUAUAAUUCAGAGAUGCAUAGGGCAGCAUUUGUUCUUCCAACCUUUGUGAAGAAAGAGCUAGAAGCAUAUUGCGCUUCCACUGAAAGAGAACAGCCAGAGGAAACAGCUGCAACAGCACCAAAGAUAAGUGUUGCUUCCAAGAGUGAAAUUCUUACUGCAUCCUAGACUAAGGCUAGCUUACCUGUUCCUUCCCGGCGCUCUUGGUUAUCGCCAGUGGAUACCAAGUCAUGUACCAUCGGCAUGGAGGUGUCGGCUCCAUUGCGAUUAGACGUGUAAUGAGGCAUCUGUUAAUAAUUCAUGCUCUGAACUAUGAGAUGAGAUUAGCAUAUGUUCUAAAACGAAAAGGCGAGCUCACAGAGCAAUGUAUGAUAAUGAGUGAUGAGCAUUUCAAAUUGCAUUUAUCUUUUUCUUCUUGGCGAGCGGUGUGUUGGUGGCCAUUUCUCACCACUAGA